GGGAAAUGUUUCUGGAAAAACAGGCACAUUGCAACUGACAACGGCAAACUGACCAUACAGGUUGCAAAAUCCUACCUACACCAAUAACCCAGUUGUCCCACCAGCAAUGUAGAUGGUUGAGGAUCAUCUUGAGUAGAACCCCUGUGUUAGGUGGCUAACCCCCAUUCUGGAGACCUGAUCUGGCUCUCAAGCAAAUCUUCCUCCCUCUGCGCCACCCCAACUCCACUGAUUUUGGCAACAGCAGCAAAAAGGAUACAUAGUGCUGUUCUGGACAAAAAGAUUUAAACUUCUCCACCAAGCUCAGAGAACUUAUUUACAAACAGAGACCUAUGCAAAAAUGCACAUCCAUUCUUGUUGUUUGGUCCAAACUGUGUGGUGUGUACUUACUACUUCCACGCUACAUUGGGGUUUUUUUUCUGCAUUACAUAAAAAGUUGCUGUAUUUCAUCAAAAAUUCACAAUACAAACCUAUGCAUGUCUAUUCAGAAGCAACCACUGGGAUAUAUUGCCAUGUGAGCGUGUCUACAACUGCAGCUUCAUUUAUACUGAAGCGGGAAAUACUUCAAAAGGAAUGGAUGGCUGCGCCUGGUUCUCUUUGCCGUACCACAGUCAUUGCUGUGCAAUGCUAGCACCAGCUAAACCUGUGCAUAGCAGCUUCACAGCUAAUCCCAGUUCCACCUGCACUGGUGCCAUUUCAGCACAUCCUGCCUGUGUUGUUAGACCGCUCAUCACAACAAGGUGUUUACAUUUCGGCCACUGCCUCCAUUUUCCUCCUCUUAGAGCAUGUGAGGCAGUAAAAAUCUUGGAGAGAUCCUUGGACACUGUUGGCAUUCCUGUUUUGGCAAGAAGAGAAACUGAUGGUUAUUAUUAUCCUGGCACAAUAAUAAAAGCUAUUAUAGAGGGUGAGAAAAGAACCUUUCUUGUACAGUUUGCCAAGUCAUUUGGACUGAGUGAGGACACAACAUGUGUGCAAGAAACAGCCAGCAGUGACAUGUUUGAAUGUGUGAAUGGAAUGAGGCAUUCCAUACUGCCAGGUGAUAAAGUGCUGGCACCCUGGGAGCCACAGCAAAAAAGAUAUGGCCCUGGCACUACCAUCCAAGGCAUGGAAACCAGGGAUCCCUUGAGAGGGAAAGAAGAUGAAGAAAUUAUAGUCAGCUUCUGGAAUGGCAAGAAAGCCCAAGUCCCAUUGGGUGUAGCCCUGUGGAUUUCCCCAGUACAGUGGGAGAGGAUUGUGGAGAUGAUCCGGAUGCCCCUUACCAGUAGGAAGGCAUCUGAAGGGCAACUCCAAAGACCUGGUCACUACAGUGGCUCACGUAGGGCUAUAACAGGCUGCAUGCAUGGAUGUGCUGUAGGUGGCCUCUGCCGGCUCCAGAGGCCAUGUUGCUCUUUCAUCUCCCCUUGCUCCAGGUGCUUUCAACACACAUGCUCAUUCCUUGGACAUCCACAGUACGCUUCCUGCUGCUGCCCUAAAUACAGUGGCUGCUGGUGGCCACCCUCUUUAACUGAACCAUCCCAGAGAAAUGUUGAAGAAGAGUUCAGCAGUAAACCAUUACUGGCAGUGGAAGGGCCUCCAAAGGAAGAACCAGCCACUGUUGUGUCCAGCUCUUCUUCUUCUUCAUGCUCCUCCAGUUCCAGACGUGGUACAGAAACAGGUUUGACCAAGACCACAAUGGUAGAUCAUGCAGUGAACACGGAUUCUAGUCUUUUUGAAAAGCCCAAACUGCAAGAAAUCAGGAGACCUUGUUGGAAAUACUGGAAGAGAAGCCAUCCCAGCUCUCGUCAUAACAGCCACGGUACACAAUAUUUCCUUUGAAUGAGCUUCAAAGUGGAAGGUAGAAGAGUGUCAAAAACUACCUGGCAUUAUCAUACUGGUUGAGGUGAACAGCUAUACUGAGAUUGUUUUUUCUGCUAAUGGUAUCACAGAUACUAACAUACUUGGGGAUUUCUGGUUUGUUAACUGUGUCUGUUUGUUUGUUUUGUGUGUGUGUGUGUGUGUGUGUGUGUGUGAGAUGAAAAGCACUUGAGCGUUUUUUUUAUUUUUACAAUCAAGUGGUGUAUAAAUUUUAUGAAAUAAUUUGCAUGAAGUAGAAAUAUAUAUUGAGUCAAAUCAUGAGCCAAAACCCCCUACAGUUGUCUCCAAUUGCCUUAACAGAAGAGAGGGAUGUUGAAAUAAUAAAUCAUGAGGGGGGGGGAACCCCAAAAACACUCGGUUCCC